AUGCCUGUCUCCAUAGCAGAAUCAACAUUUGUGCCUGUCACCUCGCGACAAGCUCAGAUCCGGAACGGCGCCAACCCUACAACGAUCUCCAAAUUCAUCAUCCCCCUGCUACAAUGGAGUCGCGAUCAAUUACCCCUUUCUGCCUCGGCACUUCUCCUGGAGACCUCGAGUUCCUCAGUGAUCCAAUGGAUCCGUGAAGAACGCUUGCGCCUCCUCCCUGCUGAAACGACUUCUUAUGACAAGGUGCUAGAAUGGGCCCAGGUCCUCGUUCAGAGGCUAGACGCAGUAGAGAAAGUCGUCGGCUCAUUUGUGGCCGAUAUCUACCUUGCCACUAGACUUGCUUAUGGCUACUUUGCCGUCGUACUCGAGCUCGCAGCAGAGAACGCCACACCUCUCAAACAUAUCUUUGUCGUUGUUCUUGACAUCUCAACCCCGUUCCAAAGUAUACUGCGCGCAACAGACCUUGGCGUUAGCGAAGAGAUCGUGGAACAACUCGCUUUGGCUCUAGUCGACUUGGUGGCUCUCAUCUCUUCCUUGUUCGCCCAGCUUUACAAAGCUAUUCUGGGACUAGGUGAUGGGUCCUUCGUUCUCAACGACAUCCACAAUCAAUAUGCUAGCCAGAUCGACACAUUUCAGAAUCGCUGCGAGAGGGUCAGAGUGGCCAUCUCAAGGCAUCGGUUGCAGGGAGCAGCUCAGGGCCUUGUGAAAGGUGAUGACUUCGACGCAAUCCGUUUCUGGCUAGCACCUGGUGAUCCUGUAUUGGCGCGUCUCGACGAAAAUGUAACAAGUCGCUCCUUGAAUCGAGUAGAGAUGACUUUUCUGUGGAUGUCCCGUCAUGUUUGGCGAUGGCGAAUGGAUCAGAGCACUCAUAUUCACCUGAUCGGCCGUUCGGGCUCGGGGAAGACUGUUCUAACCCACGUGAUUCGGGAGUAUUUACAGGGUAAAUCCGCUGCCGCCUCUCCCCUGACUCUGUCUCUGUCCAUCAGUACCAGAAUCCCAGCAGAGGGCACCAUGCGUUCCAUUGCCCGGAGCCUCUUGCAUCAAUUGUUCACUCAAUCCAUCGGUCACACUCCACUGCUGGUAGUGCUGAGUGAGUCAUUCGAGCAUAGUCAGCGAACUGCAGACAGCAAUGCUUAUGACAAUCUGUUGUGGGAUACCCUGAAGCGCGCACUGACAUGUCUCGACCUCGACAACCAGGUAUUCCUGGUCGUAGAUGGUGUCGACGAGGCCCUGUGCGAGGAAAUGACCUUGCUGCGCAAACUGAUCUCGAUUAUCCCAGAGACGGCGAAUGUGAAACUAAUCACACUCGGAACCCAAAAUCGUCCGACAGCCAGUGGUCAGACCCUCUCAGGUCAGGUCCUCUUAGAAGUGACGGAACAUCUGGUUUCCGCCGAUAUCUCCACCGUGGUUGAAACCUCUUUGGUGGGUGGUGCUAUUUUCCCCAAGCUCCCUAGCAACGAUAAAGAGACUAUUAUCACCGAUCUCACUGCGAUCAGCGAGGGCUCUUUCCUGUGGGCAAAGCUUGCCUGCCGGCACAUUCGUGACCAGGAAAGCCCCGAUCAACUUUGCGAGGCCAUGGAUCUUCUACGCACCACCAAGCCCAGUGUUUCCGACUUCAUUCAUCUUUGUUUGAACAGACAGGAUGUGAGCAUGGAAACGAGAAGAAUGCUGGUCAUGCUUGCCGUCGCCCAGCGUCCUUUGCGCGUAGCAGAGCUCCAGACCCUGGCCUCAAUCCUCGUUGAGCAGCAAAAGGUUCCUGCUAGUGAAACCAAAGAAGAAAGUUCUGUUCUGUACAGACUACACGGCCUCAACCACUUGAUUUCAUUGUCGAGCAAUACGCUUUCCCUGCAACAUUCCCUGAUCAAAGACGCAGUAUUGAAGCUCGUGUCCCCCGGUAGCCCGGUCCACCCCAACGUGGAUCCCGCCAUCGACUUUCUGACACGGCUUUUCAUCUGCCUCAAAUGCUCGAUCGGAGAGUCGAGCGAGCCAGUCCUCACGCCCCUUGAUCAAGACACGGCCACAAGCUUGCAACACAGCCAGGACCUCCUUCCAUACGCUUGGCGGUACUGGCCGGUCCAUUACCAAAACCUGUCCGCCAUACCCCACGACCAUACCUCCCGGCUUGCACAGCGGCUCACCCCUUACUUGCCAGUGUCGACAGCCUGCAUUCGACUCCAGAGUACGCUCUGGGCCGGGCUCCCGCUGCCGGAUUGCCUCCGCUAUCACGAGCUCACAACCGAUCUCUACCGCACGGCCAUGGGACCCAACCACGUGGCCACCCUGCAAUGCACGAUCCUCCUGGCCGGGCUGUACGAUCGACUUCAGUAUGUCGACCAAGCCAGCCGGAUGUUUUAUGAUGCAGCGAUGAGCAGCCGGGCGUCAUUGACGGCGCGGCAUCCGUUAACGCUGCAGUUGGCCGGCAAACUCCUGGAGCUGACCGCAGGCCCAGAGGUCACCGAUUGCCAGUCCGAAACCAUGCAUUGGAGAGGAGAAUGCUUGGCCCUCUCCGUCGAAUGCCUCGAGCUUCAGCAUGGAGAGACGUCGGACGAGGCGGGUGCGGCGAGGAGACUUCUGGCUGAGCAUCAACAUCAAACGCUGGGUGAAUAGCCUCUUACAAAAUAAGGUCUGACCUUCUCACACACAUGAUCUGGGACAAUGCAUUGAGAGCCCUGUGGAGGGGGCACUACGCGAGAUGACUACACCAUUU